AUUUUUCCAACGAAAGGAGGACUUGCAAUUUAAAUCUACUAGUAUCAAUUUAUUCCCCUUUAUCGCACCGAGAAUAAAGGGGAACCAUUAGUUUUUAUUUCGAGUGGGUGGUGGCAAUUCCGUAAUUUACCAUUGAAAUAAGGGUUUGUGUAUUAUAUGUUUGACUGCUAGUUGAAUUAAUGGAACUUGCUUAUAGUUUCUCUUUCCCUUUCUCUCUCUAACUUCUCACCAUUCAUUCUUUUCAUUCUUCCCCAUCAGUUUCAAACCUGCAAUCUCUCUCUCUCUCUCUCUUCUUUCUCUCUCUUAAUUAUUUUGUUCAGUUUUAUAUUUUUUGUUUUGAUCUAGCUGGAAAUAUGAAGAAGGCGUGUGAGUUGUGUGAGAAAAUGGCGAGGAUACGCUGCGAGGCGGACGAGGCUAGCUUAUGCUGGGACUGCGACGCAAAGGUGCACGCCGCUAACUUCCUGGUGGCGCGUCACUCCAGGAAUCUGUUAUGCCACGUCUGCCAAUCCCCGACGCCGUGGUCCGCUUCCGGCGCUAAGGUCGGCCCCGCCGUCUCCUUCUGCCUGAAAUGUUCCGAUUCAAGGAUCCGUGACGGCGGAGAUGAAGAAGCUCCGGCGACGGCGGCGGCGGAAGCGGCGGAGGAGGAGGAGGAACGCGAUGAGAAGGAAAUGGAGAAUCAGGUGGUGCCUUGGUCUCCGCCGGAAAGUUCUUCGACCAGCAAAAACUCCGACGGCGGCGGCUGCGGCGGAGGCGGCGGCGAAACGGUGGAUUCGAGGAAGCGCUGCAGACAUGAGGAUAAUUUUUCGUCUAACCAUCCUUCCUAUGACAACAACGGCUGUUCAACAACUCCAUCGGGAAAUAUUCAGAAACCGGAUCCGGGUCGGGUUGGAGUGCGCGAUCCGAAAAGAUUCUGCCGGAAAGAAGCCAGUUCAGGUACCGAAACGCCGGAAAUACACACCUUCGAUCUAAACUCGCCGCCGUCUGACGUGGACGUUGAUCUCUCUAGUCACCAACAAAUUUAGUUGAAUUUGCUUUUUUAUUUAUUAUUAUUAUAUUAUAAUGUUUAAUUUACCACAGUUUAGAUUAGGGUUUCAGAAUUAGGAUUACAUUUUAGUUAUAUAUAUUUUGGAUUAUAUAGUUUUAUACAUAGGGAUGAUAAUUUGUGUUCAUCUCAAUCUCAACAAUAGAGGAAUAUUUUGUGUCACACUUUCGGAUCAUUGGAUGUGUAGUUCUUUCAUUUAUUAU